AUGGCGAUUGAAUUAAAGAAGCUACGUUUUCCCGAUCAAUUUGAGAUUUUUCAUGGGCCAGAAGGCUGCUUUGACUCGAAACUUAUAUCCUUACAGGACUUCCCGGCGGGACAAGUACUGGCCACACUGGGUCAAGAGUGUAAAGUUUCGCAAACUAAGGCGUACACAUCUGUGCAAUUUGACGACGAUGCCGUGGCACCGAAGAAGGCGCACUUCGAGCUGAAUAGUGAACUAGUUUACAUUAACCAUAGCUGUGAACCCAACGUAGCUUUCGACUUGCCUGGAGGAUGGAAAGGGCUUGAAGAAGGCCGUUGGUGCCUUAGAUCACUGUCCGAAAUUAAGAAGGGCGAAGCGUUAACCUUUGCCUACUUUAGCACCGAAUGGCACAUGGCUCAACCAUUUCAAUGCAAGUGCGGCUCAAGGAAUUGUCUCGGGAUGAUACAAGGAGCGAAACAUCUGGACAAGGAGACCUUGGACAGAUAUUUUAUUAAUGAGCACAUUCGACAAAUGAAGCAAACUGCUCAGUAG